GGGGCCGGGCGGGGGGCGGCGGGAGGGGCCGGGCGGGGGUUUGCAAGAUCCCGGUCCCGCCUGCGGCCUCCCCCGGAGCCGAGCGCCAGGCCGUGCGCCCGGGAGCCGCGGGGAUGCGGGCCGGGCGCGGGGCGGGCGCGGGCUGGGCGACUCUCUCCCGCCCCCGCGCCCCUGCCCCGGGGAGCGGUGACAUCACGCGGCCUCCUGCGGGCGCCCGCGCCCAGGGUCCCCUCCGGCCAGGCCCGCCGCUCGCCCGUCAGUCCGUCCGUCCGUCCGUCCGUCUGUCCGCUCCGGCCGGCCCGCCGCGGCCCCGCCCGCCCGCCGCCCAUGCGGCCGCCCGCCGCCCCGCGCGCAGCAUGUCCUGGGGGGUCGGCCUGGCCGCGUCCUGCCCCGGCGCGCCGCCGCUGAGCUGCAACCGCAGCUGGUGGGCCGCGGCCGAGGAGCCCCGCGCCUUCCAUGGCGACAUCGUGGCCUUCCCGCUGCAGGACUGCGGCGGCGCCAUGGCCGGGCUGGGCGCGGAGCCCUGGUGGAAGAAGACCCUGUACCUGACCGGGGGCGCCCUGCUGGCCGCCGCCGCCUACCUGCUGCACGAGCUGCUGGUCCUCAGGAAACAGCAAGAGAUUGACUCCAAAGAUGCUAUUAUUUUGCAUCAGUUUGCAAGACCUAAUAAUGGUGUCCCCAGUUUAUCUCCUUUCUGUUUGAAAAUGGAAACCUAUUUAAGGAUGGCUGACUUACCCUAUCAGAACUAUUUUGGUGGAAAACUCUCUGCUCAAGGGAAAAUGCCUUGGAUUGAAUAUAAUCACGAAAAAGUUUCUGGCACAGAGUUCAUCAUUGACUUUCUGGAAGAGAAACUUGGAGUGAACUUGAACAAAAGCCUCGGUCCUCACGAAAGGGCCGUAUCCCGAGCGGUGACCAAGAUGGUGGAGGAGCAUUUCUACUGGACGCUGGCUUACUGCCAGUGGGUGGACAACCUCAGCGAGACCCGGAAGAUGCUGUCGUUGGGCGGCGGGAGCCCCUUCGGCAGCCUGCUGAGGUGGGUCGUGUGCCACCUGAGCAGCGGCAUCGUGAGGCGCGAGAUGCACGGGCACGGCAUCGGCCGCUUCUCGGAGGAGGAGAUCUACGCGCUCAUGGAGAAGGACCUGCGCUCGCUGGCCGGGCUGCUGGGUGACAAGAAAUACAUCAUGGGCCCCAAGCUCUCCACUCUGGACGCCACUGUCUUUGGACAUUUGGCACAGGCAAUGUGGACCUUGCCUGGGACGAGACCGGAGCGACUGAUCAAAGGGGAGCUGAUCAACCUUGCCAUGUACUGUGAGAGGAUCAGGAGGAAAUUCUGGCCUGAGUGGUACCACGAGGAUGACAACACCACCUACGAGUCUGAGGAGAGCAGCGAAGGCGGCAGGACACACACGCCCCUGCUGGAUUUCAGCUUUUACUCAAGGACAGAGACCUUGGAAGACGAGGGAGCAGAAAACAGUUUUUCCAGAACCCCGGACACAGACUUCACCGGACACUCGCUCUUUGAUUCGGACGUGGACAUGGAGGACUACACAGACCACGAACAGUGCAAGUGACGCUCCAGACCCCGGCGGUCUGCUGCCGCCUCCUGGGCUUUGGUUUCCCAGGCAGCAACGCCGCCGCAGGGCUGGGAGCGCUUCCUUGUGCGUGGCACGGUCCUCAGGAGCUGACUGGACUGUAGCAGCCUUAGUUCUUUCUUUUUCUUUUUCUUUUCUUUCUGUCGCUCUUCCUCCUCCUCCUCCUCCUCCUCCUCCUCCUCCUCCUCCUCCUCCUCCUCCUUCUCCUUCUCCUCCUUUUUUUGUACAAAUGAAACACAGAACCAUUCAGACAACUCCAUUGAAAACAAAACAGGCAGAAACAAACAAACAAACAAAAAGUCAGCAUGGUUCCUGAAAUCCAUUUUUGUUUUCAUGAGAAGAUUAAUACUGUGUGUUAGAGCAGAUGGAAGCCAUGGUUCUCCAGACUGUUGGUAGCGGUCUUCUUUACUUUGGGGGUGUAGUCAAGACAGAUUCUUGAGCACCCUUUAUUCUCCAGGGUUCAAAGUAAUGAGACAUGUCAACAGAAAAAAAAACAUGUAGGGGACAGUGUUCUCGGGGAGCUGCUUGUAUUUUCUGUGUGUCUAUUGUGUCUUGAGAUAAGUCAAAUAAAAUCCAUAGAUUCUCACCGAACCCUGAAGUAAAUGCACGUGGGAGGUGCUAGCCCGUUGAAGGCUGACUCUGACAAGCCCUGCCAAUGGCCAGCUGUGUGAUUGAAGGCCAGUCCCAUAAUUCUUGUGCACCUCAUCUCCCGCCUGUUUCGUGGGGACGACACACCCUCCACAGACCUACCUCACAGGGGUGUUGUGAGGAUCCAUGCAGUUACAUUGGGCGCUUCACACCCCUGGGAAGAGGGGUGACAUAAACACAUUCUGUUCUGCAUUGUGCUCUCCUAGGUGCAAAGAUCAGAGGGCAAAGGAAUUCCAUGCCCAGGCGACAGCUGCCGCAGCUGCUUGCAAGAAAGCUCCAGCGGAGGAGGCUUACACAAGGACGGGCAGCACUCUGUCAGCUCUGCCCUGUGACCUCGAUUGUGACGUGGACAAAGUCUUGGGCUGAAAGAGUCUUGGAAGCACUUCCGCACGGCCUCCGCCGCGAGCCGCCUUCAGCUCUCCUGGGGAUUUGCAGACUUGCUCUUUUCUGUCGCCUGAAUGCGCACUGGAGCAGCCUUUGUAGACUCCGGGAGCUGAAGCUGUUGUGUUUGAUUUACUGGAGGGAGUGAAGCUCAGGAAAAGGACGGGUUUCAGAGAGGUGGAGGGGAACAUGUUUGAUUGAUUUUUGUAAGAAAACUUGCCAAUC